UCUGGUUUGCUCAAACUACUCCUGAUACACCGCUCACAUGUGUACAAGUAAAACAACACGUAUUUCAAUAAAUAAAAGUGAUAUUGUUGUUAUUAAAAAGUGGUCAUAGUGUCCACAGGAAUCUCAGUUUAACCUCCCAUAAAACGAGCUGCUAUUUGAAGCCAGCAUGCCUGAAAUAAAAGUAACACCAUUGGGUGCUGGGCAGGAUGUCGGGCGAAGCUGCAUACUUGUGUCCAUUGGGGGCAAAAACAUUAUGCUGGACUGUGGCAUGCACAUGGGGUACAACGAUGAUAGACGUUUUCCCGACUUUUCAUAUAUAACACAAAAUGGACGUUUGACUGACUUUUUGGACUGUGUCAUCAUCAGCCAUUUCCACCUGGACCACUGCGGUGCUCUGCCUUACAUGAGCGAGAUGGUAGGCUAUGAUGGUCCCAUCUAUAUGACCCAUCCUACCAAAGCCAUUUGCCCCAUUCUGCUCGAAGACUUCCGCAAAAUCACAGUCGACAAAAAGGGCGAGACAAACUUCUUCACUUCACAGAUGAUCAAGGACUGUAUGAAAAAAGUGGUGCCUCUGAAUCUUCAUCAGACUGUACAGGUGGAUGAUGAACUGGAGAUUAAAGCGUACUACGCUGGACAUGUUCUGGGAGCAGCAAUGGUCCACAUCAAAGUGGGAUCUGAGUCUGUGGUCUAUACGGGGGAUUAUAACAUGACACCUGACAGACAUUUAGGGGCUGCAUGGAUUGAUAAAUGCCGUCCAGAUAUUCUAAUCUCAGAGUCAACCUACGCCACGACCAUCAGAGACUCCAAAAGGUGCAGGGAGAGGGACUUUUUGAAGAAAGUUCACGAAUCGAUAGAAAGAGGAGGAAAGGUCCUGAUUCCAGUUUUUGCACUUGGGAGAGCCCAGGAACUCUGCAUCCUCUUGGAGACAUUUUGGGAGAGAAUGAACCUAAAAGCCCCCAUCUACUUUUCCACUGGGCUGACAGAGAAGGCUAACCACUACUACAAACUUUUUAUCACAUGGACCAACCAGAAAAUCAGAAAAACCUUUGUACAGAGAAAUAUGUUUGAGUUUAAACAUAUAAAAGCAUUUGAUCGGUCCUACGCUGAUAACCCUGGGCCCAUGGUUGUGUUUGCUACGCCUGGUAUGCUACACGCUGGACAGUCCCUGCAAAUCUUCAAGAAAUGGGCAGGCAAUGAGAAAAAUAUGGUUAUUAUGCCUGGAUACUGUGUACAAGGAACAAUUGGUCACAAAAUUUUGAAUGGUCAAAGGAAGCUGGAGAUGGAGGGGAGAGCUACGUUGGAUGUGAAGUUACAGGUGGAGUACAUGUCGUUCAGCGCUCAUGCCGACGCUAAAGGAAUCAUGCAGCUCAUCAGGAUGGCUGAGCCACGGAACAUGCUGCUGGUGCAUGGAGAGGCCGCCAAGAUGGAGUUUCUCAAAGGCAAAAUCGAACAGGAAUUUAGUAUAAACUGUUACAUGCCGGCGAACGGAGAGACGACCACAGUGACGACAAACCCCAGUGUUCCUGUGGACAUCUCUCUAAACCUGCUGAAGAGGGAGAUGACUCUGGGAGGCCCACUGCCUGACCUGAAAAAACCUCGCACAAUGCAUGGAACCCUGAUCAUGAAAGAAAACAGUUUGAAACUGGUGUCCUCAGAGCAGGCCCUAAAGGAGCUCGGUCUGAAUGAACAUCAGUUACGCUUCACCUGCAGAGUCCAGCUCCAGGACCCCCACAGUGAAGCAGACACGCUACACCGGGUCUACUCCCACAUCAAGAGUGUGUUAAAAGGCUACACCAUCCAGCACCUCCCUGACGGCACAGUAAUGGUGGAGUCUAUAGUCAUCAAAGUCUCCUCCUCAGCAGAAGACUCCAGCUCCAAGGUCCUUCUGCUCUCAUGGAGUUACCAGGACGAGGAUCUCGGCAGCUACCUUUCAAGCUUGCUUAAGAAAGGACUUCCGUCGGUGUGCUAAAGAAAGGCAAAUAAAAUAACUUUACAAAGAUUUUAUUCACAUACUCCUUCAUCCCAAAAACUGUUAGUGCUUUUGAUAAUGACUGAUAUUUUUCCUUUUUAUUGUAGAGGUUGCAUUUAUCUGGUACAUGUUCUGGAUAGGGAAAAAAAACACGUUGAACCGUUAUGAAAGAUACUAUUUUGAUGUACAAAGUCAAC